AUGGCCAGGCAAGACCAGAUCAAACUUCCCGGCUUUGGACUCCCGUUAGAUGAAUCGAGCGAUGACCCUUACGGUUCCGCAGAGUGCUUAUCUGCGGUCAUAGACUGGAGACAUGAUGUUUUCACGGUCCGGGAGAAGUGCAUGCUGUUUUUCGUGAACAAGAUCACGGACAAGCCUGACUGGCAGCGUAAAGUGCAAGAUCCAGCCAUCAUUGCGAAGUGGAAGCAAGAAGUCAAUGACCUAGAUUGGACUACAGUAGUUGAUAAGAAUGGCGAUAUGAGCACGAAGAUGUUCGAAUAUUGCAUCAAAGAACUCUGCGCCAAGGCAGCUCUGUACGAGGAGACUGGCCUCAUUUCCGUUCUAGACGCGGCAUCGCGUGUUUUGAAAUCUGAUACGGUCGUAUCGGCAGAACUGAAGGACAGGCUGAAGAAGGCAGUCGUUCCUCUCGAAGACGUGCCCGAGCACCAGAAGGACUGGCACCCAGGCUCCGACGGAAAAGUGCUCGACUUGGUGCAUCCGUCUUUGUUUCCGCUUAUCUACCAGUGCUCGCGCAUUCUGCCAGACAGGACCAUUUCUCAAAGUGACUGCAUGUCAGCAAUCGGACGGGGCAAGAUCGUACCGGAGCCUGUUGAUCGCUAUGACCAUGAUUCUGAAGACUCUAACCUCUGGUCUUCUCGCUUCCAAUGGCUGCCUUGCGAUGUUUCAUUCCCAGACGGCGAGAAGGCUAAAAUUGACUCGUACAUAAACAACUUGCACCCAGCGGAUCACAAGGACCUAUAUGCUGUCAUAGAGGAUAUCAUUACUAUAGCCAUUCCAUUCUGGAACAUCAUUUGGGAAUCGUAUCCCGGCGGGUCUUUUGAGAGCAAGCAGCGCAUCGAAUGCGACUCCGUUGAAUAUAAGCUUCCCGAGGGUACUAAGGAAGAGUUACCAGACGACUUUGACGGAUAUGAGGAAGAUUUCUACGAAACGUUGGAAAAGCUACGCAUAUACGAUAAACCUGAACCAUUGGAAUUUGACUCGCUCGACGUAACAGCCGAAGAUGUCGAAAACAAAUUCAAGUUCCUUAGCCAAGGCGAGAAGAAGAUUCAAGUCAUUGUCAAACUUGCCAACAUCCACCUUACGCCCGAAAAGCCUAGCUACGAGGGUGGGUCCUGGCAUGUUGAAGGCCAGUUGAAUGAACAUAUUGUCGCUACCGCGUUGUACUAUUACGACAAUGAGAACAUCACAGACUCGCACCUGUCUUUUCGCACAAAAGUAGAUUCCGAGGAACUCGAGGAGUCGCUCUCUUACGAACAGGGUGACUACAAAGGUAUUGAGAAGACCUUCGGAAUCAUAAACUAUACGCCGAACACGCAAGAGAUUGGUGCCGUACUUACGCGUGAAGAUCGCUUCAUCGCGUUUCCAAACGGAUUUCAGCACCGCGUUGGUAGCUUCAAGCUCAUUGAUCCGACCAAACCGGGACAUCGCAAGAUCCUCGCACUAUUCCUUGUUGCACCUACAAUUCCUGUCAUCUCAACUGCAAACGUUCCGCCACAGCAGCGAGAUUGGUGGCUGCGAGAGAUCAAAGCUGACAAGAGCAAGGUGAGCUUCUUACCUGCCGAGUUGAUUGACAUGAUUGCCGACGGAGUCGAUUUUCCGAUCGGGUUGGCUGAAGCAAAGGCGCUUCGCGAAGAGCUGAUGGCUGAGCGAGGGAUGAUGGACAAAGCUGCAAUGGAACAAUUGACCGAUCGCGAGUUUUCUUUCUGUGAGCACUGA